GAGAAGGGAGUCACCUGGGUCCAGCUGGAGUCCCGCGGAGGAGAGCGGAAAGCAGAGGCGGAGAAGGAGCGGCUCCCGGCCCGCUCGCCAUGCCGUGGGUGCUGCUGGGCGGCCUGCUGGCCGGGCUGCUCCUCCUGCUGCUGCUCUCCCGACGCCGGACACGUCAUCCCAGAGAACCCCCGCUGGACAGAGGUCUCAUCCCUUGGUUGGGACAUGCCUUGGAAUUUGGCAAAGAUACGGCCCACUUUCUCUCCCGGAUGAAGCAGAAACAUGGAGAUAUUUUCACUGUUCUGGCUGCCGGCCGGUUUGUCACCGUCCUCCUGGACCCUCAUUCCUACGACUCUGUCGUCUGGGAGUCGAGCUCCAAGCUGGAUUUCCACAAAUACGCCGUCUUCCUCAUGGAGCGGAUCUUCGACGUCCGGCUGCCCCACUAUGACCCCAGAGAGGAGAAGGCCAAGUUGAAACCGACUCUGCUCAACCAGAACCUGCAGACCCUGACCAAAGCCACGCUCCUCAACCUACGCACCCUGCUGCUCCCUGAGCUGGGGGAGGGGGCCCAGGUCUGGAGGGAGACAGGCUUGCUGCAGUUCUCCUAUAGCACACUGUUCAGAGCCGGCUACCUGACUCUGUUCGGCAACGAGGGAGCCCGGUACGAUGACCCCGCCGGCCAAACGCAAGACCGGGCCCACUCGGCCGAGGUCUACCAGCACUUCCGCCAGCUGGACCACCUGCUGAUGAAACUCGCCCGCUCCUCUCUGUCCUCAGGAGAGAAGGAAGAAGUCGCCGGCAUCAAAGUACGUCUCUGGAGGUUGCUUUCCACACAGCGCUUGAGGGGCAAAGCCAAUAAGAGCUGUUGGGUGGAAAGUUACCGGGAGCAUCUGGAGGCCCUCAGAGUCGGGGAAGAGAUGCAGGCGAGAGCCAUGUUGCUGCAGCUGUGGGCCACGCAGGGAAAUGCGGGUCCGGCCGCCUUUUGGCUUCUCUUGUUUCUCCUGAAGAACCCCAAGGCGCUGGCGGCCGUCCAGGGAGAACUGGAAAGAGUCUUUGGGCAGACCGGGCAGCCGCUGACCCCGAAGGAGAGCGUUACCCAGGAAACUCUGGACAACACUCCCAUUUUUGACAGCGUGCUGAGCGAGAGCCUGAGGCUGACGGCGGCUCCCUUCAUCACCAGGGAGGUCCUGGACGACCUAGACCUGCCCCUGGCCGACGGUCGCAAGUAUCGCCUCCGCAAGGGUGAUCGGCUCCUCCUCUUCCCCUUCCUCAGCCCCCAGAUGGACCCUGAGAUCUAUGAGCGACCCGAGGAAUUUAAAUUCGACAGAUUCCUGAACCCGGAUGGGACUGAGAAGAGAGAUUUCUACAAGGGCGGGAAGAGGCUGAGGAACUACAACAUGCCGUGGGGAGCAGGAAACAACGUCUGCCUGGGGAAAAGCCACGCUAUCAAUAGCAUCAAGCAGUUUGUCUUCUUCUUGUUGAACAACUUCAACUUGGAGCUCAAAAACCCCGAAGAGCCGAUCCCCAAGUUUGACAAGAGCAGGUACGGGUUUGGCCUGCUGCAGCCGGAACGUGACGUCACCGUUCGGUAUCGAGUCAAAGCCUGAAGCGCAGCCCGGUCGGAGGACCGACGGUCCCCGGCUGAAGAAGCUGGAUUCCUCGGGCGACCGCGGAAGGCGUCCACUCUCUGGACGGAGAAGACCCGUGCACAGGCUUUCUCUUCAAAGUGUGUUCCUGAGGGGAAAGUGGAAAGAAUUCCCCUCGCAAGGCCAUCUCUUGUAAACGGCCCUCGCUGGUUACGUUCGUGUUUGAUUGGAGGGAGUGGGCCCGUGCUACUAUUCUUCAUUUCUGUUUUCAUUUUAUGUCUAUUUUCAUUUAGUGCCUCUCAUGUCUCCCCACCCCUGAACUGUAAGCUCCCGAACCUGUCUUGGUCUUCUGCUGUUAUUCCCUAGGAAAUUCAGAAGGUGUUUAAAUAAGAAGCAUCUUCAGGCUGA